UUGCUGCAAGAAACAAAGGGUUAUCUUAAUGUCCCAUUUGCCUGAUCAGCUUUGCCCCAGGAGACAGGCGUCCUACUCCUUGUUGUUUCCAUUGGGUCAGUCGCAGGGAAGGGGGUAGAGUCACCUUCAGAGGCACUGCUUUGCACAUUCCCCUGAUUGUCGCUUCUUUCAGGCUUUGCUAUCUGGCUGUACACCACAAAGGGAAGCAGAGAGCUGCAUUGCAUCCCAGGGUUUCAGGGUUUUUUUUUUUUGUUUGUUUUUGUAGGUUUGCAGUAGUUUUUCUGAAUGUGGUAUUCCCAGUUUCUUUGUGUCUGUUUGUAUUUGCACAAGCUUCAGCCUCUGAAAUGCUCCCGGAAUCAAUGGAUGUUAUUGUAAAUGGCUGAACAACUGUGCACUGGUUGGCUACACAUCGUUGCAGGCUCCUUGGAGAUUGAGGAAUGCACUUCUGCCAUCAUGAUGGAAGGAUUGAAAAAACGUACAAGAAAGGCCUUUGGCAUACGCAAGAAAGAAAAGGACACCGACUCCACGGGGUCACCAGACAGAGAUGGUAAUAAAAAGACAAAUGGCGCUGCAAAUGGAUUUUAUGCAGAGAUUGACUGGGAGCGAUAUAAUUCUCCAGAGAUUGAUGACGAAGGCUACAGCGUCAGGCCGGAGGAUUCAACCUCCUCCCCCAAAGCAAAGCACUUUUUUUCAUCCAGCGAAUCAGAAGAGGAGGAAGACCACCGGAAAAAGUUUAAAAUUAAGAUUAAACCUUUACAAGCUAAAGACACCUUAAACUGUACAGCAGCGUCUGUAGAUAUACUAAAAGCAUCCAUAGGCAACAUCGCCCUGUCUCCAUCCCCUGUGAAGCGUAGCCCGGGCCUGAUAAAAAGACACUUGUCAAGGGAAGAAAUAGCAAGACCCAGGCGUUCCACAGCAACACCCACCCCCAUUGCGGAGCCUGUCAGUAAGAAAGCACUAGAGGAUCCUACAGCUCUCUUCGGCCCACCUCUGGAAACAGCCUUUGAGGCACAGAAAACUGAAGUUGUAAUAGACGAGUCAGAAGUGUGGGGUGUCCCUCGACCCAGUGGUCCAAAUCAGGAGGCCCCAUUACCAAGACCAUUUCCAACUGGAACUCCGCCUCCACUUCCACCUAAGAAUGUUCCAGCAACACUGCCUCAGACCGGUUCACCUUCAACAGAUGUCGCGAAUGGAGCUGUUUCAAAAAGUCCCAAGCCUGAGUCUGACACUGACGUCGCUACGUGGCAGCCGACUUCAAAUUCACUCGAGGAUCCUUCGGUGAAAGCAGGCAGGGAUCGCAAACUGCCAUCUAUCAGUGACUUGGACAACAUCUUUGGACCAGUAGAAUGCCCAAAACCCCAGGCAGAGAGCACAGAGAGCCAGUGGGUCCGUUUUUCAGAUGAGUCCCCAGAACACAUUGAUGAUGAUGCUGCUGCUGCUGCUUCUGCCACUGCUCCUCCUACAACCCCUGCUUCUACCCCUGCCCCUGCUCCUGCCCCAGCCCCUGCUUCUGCCCCUGCCCCAGCCCCAGCCCCAGCCCCUGUCCCUGCUCUUGCCCCGGCUCCUCCAGUGGUGUACCCCAAAGACAAACCUGUGUCCCCCCCACCUGUCCCCCUGAUCCCACCCAUGCCAUCUGAGACCAAAGCAGCUUCCCCCCCCGCUGAGCCCACGCGCAAUAUCCCCCCUCCCCUGAACUUAAACGGGAAGAGGAGUUCCGACCUGCAUCCAGGAAAAGACCAUGCCGUCGAAUCAACAGCGUCUCCCAAAGAGUUUGGGCAGGGUCCGAGAGCCACGCCCCCUCCGCCUCCGCCCCCCACCUACAGGACGGUGGUGUCCUCCCCGGGACCCUGCCCGGGGGCAGGCACUGGCAGUGGUUCUUCUUCCCCGGCUCGUCCUGCCACCCCAUUGGCUAGCAGCAGCCCAACCCCGCCCCCUCCUCCUCCGCGGCCGCCCUCCCGACCCAAACUGCCUCCUGGGAAGCCUGGUGCCGGAGACGUGCCCCGGCCAUUCAGCCCUCCCGCCCACUCGUCCAGCCCACCCACAGUGGCACCUCUGGCUCGCGCUGAAAGCACGUCCUCCAUAUCAUCGACCAAUUCCCUGAGUGCGGCCACUACGCCCACUGUCGGUAAAGACCUCUCCGUUUCCGUUUCAGAGAAUGACCAGCCUUCCUUGGUAUGGUUUGACAGAGGAAAGUUUUAUUUAACCUUUGAAGGCUCUUCCAGAGGGCCCAGUCCUCUGACCAUGGGGGCACAGGACACUCUUCCAGUGGCUGCAGCUUUCACAGAAACUGUAAACGCAUACUUCAAAGGAGCUGAUCCCAGCAAGUGUGUUGUGAAGAUUACAGGAGAGAUGGUGCUUUCGUUUCCAGCAGGAAUCACCAGGCACUUUGCCAAUAAUACCUCCCCGGCUGUUCUAACAUUCAGUAUAACAAACUACAGCAGGCUGGAGCACGUCCUGCCUAACCCCCAGCUUCUCUGCUGCGAUGCCACACAAUCAGAUGCCAACUCAAAGGAAUUCUGGGUUAACAUGCCAAGCCUGAUGACACAUUUAAAGAAAGUGGCCGAGCAGAAACCGCAAGCAACAUAUUACAAUGUGGAUAUGUUAAAAUAUCAGGUAUCUGCACAGAGUAUUCAGUCCACCCCCCUGAAUCUGGCAGUGAAUUGGCGAUGUGAGCCUGCCAGCACUGACCUCCGAAUAGACUACAAGUACAACGCGGACGCCAUGACAACACCGGUCGCUCUGAACAAUGUCCAGUUUCUAGUCCCGGUAGAUGGAGGGGUCACCAAACUACAGGCCGUGCUGCCCCCUGCUGCCUGGAACUCUGAACAACAGAGGAUUCUGUGGAAGAUCCCUGAUAUCUCUCAGAAGUCUGAAAAUGGAGGAGUCGGGUCUCUGCUCGCAAGGUUCCAGUUAUCCGAGGGCCCCAGUAAGCCAUCUCCUUUGGCGGUGCAGUUCACAAGCGAAGGAAGUACAUUGUCAGGCUGCGAUAUUGAGCUGGUCGGUCCCGGCUACAGAUUUUCGCUAAUUAAAAAGAGAUUCGCUGCAGGAAAGUACCUGGCUGAUAACUAAACAAUGGCUAACUGCGAUGCAGAGAAAAUCUACUCAUUGGAUUGGAUGAAAUAAUAAAGGACUUUAAUCAUUAAAGUAAAAAAAUAAAAAUAAGAAAACAACAAAACUUUUAACACUUUAUAUUCUACAAGUAAUCCAAGGUGACCAAUCCAGCAGUAUUAUAACUUCUAUAUAGAAUUGUCAACAGUUUUAAAGUGUAAUUAUUGUAUUUGUAAAAUGGAUUCACUUCACAUCUAUAUUGCCAUCUAGGUUAGCCACUCUUUCCUUUAAACAUGUAGGACCCAAAUCUGAUUAUAGGGCAAGGCACUAACGUUGAGGCAAAGGGCAUUAGUGCCUGAUUAUGGGGCGCUAGUGGGGUGCCAAUGAGCGCAAUCAUACUUUGCCCUGUGAAAUGAUUUUGGUACCAUGUUUUGCCCUGAAUUUUAAUGCCUGUGAUACCGACAGGUGUCGCCAAAGCAGACUUGGUGUGUAUAUAUAUAUAGAAACAGAAAUUAAAGAGAUCAGAAUGAUACCAAAAUAAUAUACCCUAAUACUUAUUCUUCUGCAUGAUUAGAACCAAUGAAUCACCAUGGACAAUCUACAUGGUGCUUACACAGUCCGCCAUCCAAACGUAGUUGGAUGUGCAAAACGGUUUUGCUGUACACUAUUAUUAAUUUGAGACCCACUUUCCAGACACCAUCCCAAUACAAACAUGUAUGUUAACAUAUACUUUACUGUAAGGUGAGUCGUGUAUUUUCUCUCUGUUAGCAAGAGCAUUGCCAUUGCAGUCCGUGUUACAUAACAGAGGGCUGUUUGGAGGUCAAUCAGAGUUCAGAUAACGUUAUUUUUCUGCACCUGCAAUUCCGAUUGUUUUGAGAACUUGAGGUCUGUUCACCAGUAUACCUUGUGGUGAAGCAGCAAACUCACUGAAACCAGUUGGGUCGUCUCUACUUGAGAAUUGGUUAAACAGGCCUACUUUUAGGACAUUGUUACUUAUUUAUGAUGAAACACAUCAUGACAUGGUCUCUUUUAAAGUCAUUUAGCAUUUUAAUUUGAUAAUGUGAAUAGUACAGUACAAAGGCAGCUUCAAUGAUAACUCUAUAUUUUGUAGUUGCAAUGUUUCAAAUGUUUUCCCAUAAGAAUGUAAAAAAAAUGUCAUUUAAAAUCAGUACUAUAUAUCCUAAAGGGCCUUCUUGUAUUGUUGUAACACAGACAGCAGUGUUAGAGUUCACAGUAUGUUCCAGCACUAUAUUUAUAUUUAUUGACAAUACUGAUUUGUUGUAAAAAAUAUAUAUACAUAUAUAUAUAUAUAUAUAUAUAUAUAUAUAUAUAUAUAUAUAUAUAUAUAUAUAUAUAUAUGAUUCUGUUUAUGAUUAUAAUUUGAAUAGUACCACUAUUUAGAAGCCCUAGAAUUAUAAAUAUUUUGUUAUCUGUGUAUGUAGAUGGGUAUCCUGUGUACAGUAUAAUGCUAUGGUAUCAUUUUUGUUUUAUUUAUUUCAGAUAUAAUUUUCAUGUGCAACAAAUAAUUUAAGGUAUAUAUGGAAUAAAAAGAUGAAAUCUCUAACUGGGUGCAUCAUGUUAAACAAUGAGAGUGUAAUAUAAAACAGUUACUGUUGGUGGCAGUUUCAAACACAGUUUCUUUUUUAUUGGCAUUGAUGUGUUUUUUUUUUUUUUUUGCCGAAUUACUUUCUGGCUGAUAAUAUUUAACAUGUGUAGCAUAAACUUAAUCAGAGUAAAAUCAGUGCUAGCAUUCAUGACUUUUAUUUUGCAAUCUAAACUGGGCUCUUUUAACGCUUUUUAAAACAAAUAGUUUUGAAAGGGUACGAAUAGAAUAGAAAAUGGCAUCUUUUAGAUCGAGUCUACAGAACUUGUUUAAAAAGUACUGUGCUAUUUUAAUCCAAAAAAUACUCUCUUUCAUUGGCUGAGAGCAAGAACGUUGGCAACAAAUGGCAACAUCGUAGCUUUGAGACAGGAGCUUUCAAAGCUUUCAAAUUAACAAGGCAUACUCAUAGCCAAUCGUAUAUCAUUGUUUGGAUUUUGUAAUUACAGUACAAUGUACUUGCACCCAGCCACUGAUUUGUACUGCAAAAAGUAUUGUCUGGAAAGUUUGGAUCAGUGUGUCCAUGAUUUAAGGGUCAAAGGAGAAAAAGGAUGCUUUGACUUGUAUUGUGAGUAUUAGGGUUAGGGUUAGGGUCUUAACUUGUACUGUGAGUAUUAGUUUGCUUCUUGUUAUUUUGUAGACAUCCUUCUAAAUAACCUGAGGUAAAAAAUGCCCUAUAUUGUACCUGCUUAUGGAGUAGUUACAGUACUUGAAUGCUUUUUGCACUGGAUUUUUUUUUUUUAAUGCUUAGAAACUUUCCUCCUUGUCAAAGGUGCUGUUUACAUAAUGCAAUUUGGCAUUGAAACAAAAUGAAGUGAAACUGUUUGACAUUUAUACAUCAUAGCAUUUUGUUUAGGUCAACGUUAAACAGCGAGCACACACGGUAGUGUGAUGAAUGGCUAAAUUGGUGCCAGUUCUUCGGGAAUAGGCCUGUGAAGUUACAGCACAUCUCUACGGAGCACCUCCUGACGGGUGUAUCAUUCCAUCAUUGUAUUUUUAUAAUAACAUCCCACCUGUCUUCUUUUGGGAGCCAAAUAUUUUGCAUGUUAAAAAACAAAACAAAGUAGGUAAAUCUGUCUGGGUCUGUUGUAGCUGGGAGUUGUACAGUAAUUUAAUCUUCGUCCUCUUCUGUGCCGGUAUGUUUUGGGUUCUCUCUCCCUAUGUCUAUAUGAAAUAUUCAGUAUGUUAUCAAUGUACAGUUAGUUUUCCUCUACAAAGGGCAUUGUAAAGGGGUAAAUGCAAGAUUUUAUUGAAUUUCCGCAUUUGUAAGCUAAUGUCACAGAGAACACUGUUAUUACAGAGCCACAUGCUUUAUGUGUACAAUUUACAUAUCUUUAGCUUUAAUACUGAGCAGUACAGGCCAUGCAAGGUGGUCUUAUGGUAACAUUUGAAUGGAGAUUUCCUUUUUGUUUUGCAGCAAAGGCUACCUGCAUGGCAGCCGGGUUUCAAUUCACAAUGUCAAAGGAAAGAAAGAAAAUGUCUCUAACCGGGAACAGGUUCCUUAGCAACAACAGCAUAUUUUACCAGUAGUUGAAAAACAGAGAAAUAACCCUCAACAUGAACACAAACCAAGCAGAUAAACGACAUAGACUAUAUGACCAGAGUGCAUUUAGCAUUCGGUUCAUGAAAUCCUGACGGCCGUAUGAAUAGUUUCGCUUGGGGAGCUGUCUCUAGAGGCUCACUUUAGGGUUUUCUUCUUUUAUUUUGCUGUUCUUUUGAACUGCUCAUCUGAAAGGAGUGGCUUUCCUAGAAGGGGCUCUGCUUUUCGGAGUCAUAGAGACGUUUUUGGUAAAGCUUUUGAAAUGGUAUCAAGGAUGAAAUAGUUUCUUUCACUCGAGCCCCAUCUACCCUCUAUGUCCAGAUAUAUAUGUUGAGUUGUUGGGUCAGCAGAGUUGAAAGUUCACUUUGUCACAUGACAAACCGUUCAGUGCCGACCAAUAGGAUUCUCAGGCCAGCUCAAAGCCAGCUAAAGACAGUUAAUGGAGAAAAACAAUAAAUUUAGUAUUUGGACAACAGAACCUCAAGCUACUCAGAAAGAUUGCAGGUAAACACCAGACACCACAUCAGAAGAAGGAUUUUGCUUUCAAAAUAAAAAGAAACAAUGGGGGGGUAUUUAAUUGAUCUAAAUGGUGUCAGGUCUCCACGCUGACUACUUUAACAUCAUUAAGAUAGGGCUCUCCCUGGCGCUUUACAUGUUGUACAGAAGCACUGCCUUCACUGGUAAGAGAUUUCAAAUCAUUAAGAUAAGGCUCUCCCUGGCGCUUUACAGAUGCACUGCCUUCACUGGUAAGAGAUUUCAAAUCAUUAAGAUAAGGCUCUCCCUGGCGCUUUACAGAUGCACUGCCUUCACUGGUAAGAGAUUUCAAAUCAUUAAGAUAGGGCUCUCCCUGGCGCUUUACAUGUUGUACAGAAGCACUGCCUUCACUGGUAAGAGAUUUCAAAUCAUUAAGAUAAGGCUCUCCCUGGCGCUUUACAGAUGCACUGCCUUCACUGGUAAGAGAUUUCAAAUCAUUUAGAUAAGGCUCUCCCUGGCGCUUUACAGAUGCACUGCCUUCACUGGUAAGAGAUUUCAAAUCAUUUAGAUAAGGCUCUCCCUGGCGCUUUACAGAUGCACUGCCUUCACUGGUAAGAGAUUUCAAAUCAUUAAGAUAGGGCUCUCCCUGGCGCUUUACAGAUGCACUGCCUUCACUGGUAAGAGAUUUCAAAUCAUUAAGAUAAGGCUCUCCCUGGCGCUUUACAGAUGCACUUCCUUCACUGGUAAGAGAUUUCAAAUCAUUAAGAUAAGGCUCUCCCUGCCGCUUUUCAUGCUGCUUUCACUGUUAAGAGAUUUCCAUAACACAGGUCCACAAAGGAAGUAUUUUAAGUUUCAAUUAAUGAAAUAGGUCCCAGUAAGUGUUGAUUUCAGCAGCCUGCUGCUGCGAUUGCAGUUUGUGUUAAGCUUACAUUUGCUGACACUUCUCUGUCUCCUUGUAAAGCCGGCUGUGCUUCUGCUUGGUUUCAAAGCCUUACUGGUAAACUACUGUAUUAUGAAGGAAGUUACAAUUUACUUGUUUCUGAAGUGCAUUGGCCGCUGGUAAUGUGAAUGUGUGAUUUAAAGAUCCAUGAGAAACUGUCAUCUGUGUAACGUUAUUUGCCUUAUAGAUUAGUUUAACAUGAAUGGAUAUCAAACCCUCUCUGUAUAUAAUUACUUUAAAAAAAAAAAAAAAAUGUUAUUUAAUUUAGCUCUGUCUCCAUGUUAUCCAUUGCACAGAAUACUGAAUAUGCAAUUAUGUUUUAUUGUAAAUUAACUUAAAAAUGGAUUUCCCAUUUAAGAACAAAGUUUUGAAACUAUAAACAGAAUGACCAUAAUGUAAUAACUGUUUAAGAUGUCAAUCAAUGUCAGUUUUCUUGGAAAUAAAGUGAAAAAAAAUGAAACUAUGCUUUUUUCUGCA